CCUCGUGACCUCUACGCCUUCCCCGUUUUUUCUGGCUCCGUCUUCCCUCAGAGUGGUUUUCCCGCCUUUUUUGCGAGCGGCUCGUGAGGCGACGCUGAGGGGGGCGAGGCGGGAAAGGCGCUUUUGCUCCGCUUUUUGCGGUCGCCGCCGUCGCCUCGCCAUGAAGUGCGGCUUCGGGGCUGCGGGUGUUCGAGUAUUUGGAAGGGCCAUACAUGCCAUAGCACGGAUCAGUGAUGAAUUUUGGUUUGAUCCUACUGAAAAAGGACUUUCCCUCAGGUCAGUGAAUUCUUCUCAGUCAGCCUAUGCCUGUGUCUUUUUUUCAUCCAUCUUCUUUCAUCACUAUUCCUGUAGAAAUACGCCUGAAUUGGGUUUGAAUAAAAAUCACACACACCUUGCAUACAAAUUAGUAAUAAAGGCUGUCCUACCUAUAUUUCGGUGCUUAAACACAGUGGAAAGAAACAUAGAGAAAUGCAACAUCUAUACAAACUUUAAUGACUGCCAUGUUGUUUUUCAGCUUUUCUGCAAACAUGGUGUUGUGAAAACUCAUAACUUAGCUUUUCAAGAAUGUCAACCUUUGCAAGCUGUGUUUGCAAAGCAUUUGUGCCCCAAUGCAAUGAAGAUUCAAUCAAGGCAGCUGUCUGAUAUACUGAUUCAUUUUCCAACCUGUCAAAAUGAAGUAACUGUAGCUGUAACUCCAGUAAAAGUUUCUUUCAAGACUUACACUGAUGAGGAAAUGGAUUUUGCAAAGGCAAUGCACACUGAGAUACAUAUCAAUCCAGAAGAAUUUGAAUACUUUCAGGUUGGAGUAGACACUGAAGUCACAUUUUGCCUUAAAGAGCUAAGGGGACUUCUGACUUUUGCAGAAGCCAUCACUGCUCCAGUCUCUAUUCAUCUUGAUGUUUCUGGAAAGCCAGUUGUUUUCAGCAUUGAGGAUAUGCUCAUAGAAGCCAGUUUUGUUUUGGCUACCUUAGCAGAUACUGAAGGCAAGACACCGUCUCAUGAAUCGCCUUUGCUUUCCAAAUGCCAGAAAAGGAACCCUGCACUAAAGAGGAGCAAUAAAGACCCCAUAAUCUCCAGCAGAAACACUAGCAAGACAGAAACAGCCACAGCUACAGCAAAUGGCUUCACCAUUACGGAGGAAGAAGCAGUGCCACCUGAUCUGGAUUAUAAGUUCCAUUCCCUAUUCUUCGGGGCGGUUUCAUCCAAGGAACAAGAUAUAACUCGUGUAUUCCACACUUUGGCAACAGCAAGCGACACAGAAGAUUUUAGCAAUGAACAACUCUCCCCAACUUUUUAGUAGUGACAAAGUAUCAAUCUGCCAACUCUGAUGGUCGCCAAGGAAUGUGUGUAUGUUCAGCGUUCAGGCAAGCUGAGCUUCUGCUCAUUUUAGGUGUUUUUGUGUACUCUGUUGUAGUCCACUGUUUCAUAAUGCAGGCAAUGGCAGUUUUGCACGGGGGUUAUGUUCCUGACUCCCACACGUGUCGGUGGAGUGCAAGUAAGCCCGCUCUACCCCCAUUCGCCCUUUCCAGCCACUUCUGGGUUGUGACAAUGUACGUUUGCAUGGUCAGGCAUGCAUUGAACACACUUAAAAUGGUCAUUGCCUGUAUUUUAAAAAAACUAGAAGCUUUUGGAUGAAUUUUUCUUCAAGUUAUCACAACUGUAAUUUUAUGAGAUUUACUUCUCAGUUAAGCCAAGCAUAUCAGAGGGAACCAAAGCCAGUUAGUAUACACACAUAUUGCAGUAAUGUUGAUGUUUGAUUGAUUUAUGACACAGGAGAACUUAAGACAAAUGACUGGUUGCAAAAAUGGCAUACAUCCAGUUUCAUUCUCCUGCUCCUUCUAAACGAAAUUGUGCAAGAUUAACUAGCAAUAAACUGGUUUUAGCUCAAGUCUAUUAGAAAAACA